AUGACUGUUGAGACGUUGUCGUCUGUGCCAUCGAUCGAAAUUGAUUCGAAUGUGCCGCGGAACUGGGCUUCUCUUAUGUUUCAACUGCCCACAGACCGAAACGAAGCUGGAAGAGCCUGUUCCCUGAAAAGCAACUUUUUCUGCCUGCAAGGCUACAGAACAAUGGGUGAUCGCAGUGCACACGAAGAGUCCGACUACGAAUCAGACUAUUUGUCCGAUCUUCCGACUGAGGAGUUAGCCAAUGAGUUCAGUUCCACAAUCGACAUGUGGUGGACAAGUAUUAAUAUGUUCAGCGACAAAGAUAAUGAAGAGUGCUGUGAGGAUCAGACGAACAAGUAUCUGCUCUAUGGUUUGAUCUACAGAAACAUGUCUCCCACAGUCUACUUUUCACAUCUUACCAACUUCUGGGACACUGGCAAACAACUCAACUACAUCGGCGCCGAUUAUGACGCGAAUAGAUGUGUGAACAUUAUAACAGAACUGGGCUUCGGAGAGCCACCUUUAGUGGUUCAUGCAUUCCAAACAUUAGCACACCCCUUCGUGUUUCCCGCUCUACCGGGGGGUGUUGCCUCUUUUCCAGUCACCAACACAAACCCAUCAAGUGCGCUCACCUACACCUGGUUCAAACACAAUGUGAUUUGCAGGGGUCAACCUUGGAUUUGCCGGUAGAUUCUUUGGGGAAAGCAAGUAAAAAACUGACCAGGAGAACUUUCAAACAAAGCACAAUAGUGCCCGCUACCUAGUUAAGUCAAAAAGAAUUAUA